AUGCUGAGUAGUAACAAUCCCAAUAAUAAUCCUAGUAACACUGGAAACAAUGCCAACAAACCCAGCACACCGAUGAAUAUACAACCUAACCAGAUUGCUCAACUAGCUCAGGCCUUGAAGAACGAGUAUGCAUUGGCAAAGAGUGCUGGAACGGAUGUAGCUGCUAGACAACAACAUUUAAACCGUGCAAACGGUAUCAGACAAAUAUUGCUCAAUUACCAGCUGCAACAGAAGGCUGCUAGGGCAGCCCAACAACAGCAACAAGGUGGGCAGCAAGCUCAAGGUCAACUUCUGCAAGCACCAUCACAACAAGCACAACAACCAAUUGGUCAACAAUUACCACAGGACAUUUCCCAUCAAUCUCCUCGUAUACAGAAUGCUAAUAUUAAUACUCCAUCUGCCCACUCUCUUGGUGCUGGCUCUCCAGCAAUCGGCCAGACUCCUGCUCCAACUCAACAGUCUCCGAAUGUGAUGGCCGGUGGAGCCACCCCUGCUGCACAAGGACAAACACCUGGACCAGGUCAAGGACAAGGCCAAGGUAGCGGAACUAACAAUGCCGUUACUGUCGAGACUUAUAACCAAGUUAAGGCGCGUUUAGUUGACUUCCAAAGGAAGCUUCAGCACUUAGAAACGACGAAAAGAACGUAUUCAUUGAGUGCAGAACAAUCGGCCAAUGUGGAAUCGCAAAUUGUAGAGCUCACUAAAAAAUUCACUACUUAUAAAAGGUAUGCUGCUUACAUGAAGACUCAAUUAGACGAGCAAGCAAGAGUGAGUGGUCAAAAUGCCGGUGCAAUGGGUGCUGGUACGGGUUUGGGCUCAACGCCUUCAGCUGGAGGUAGUUCGAAUACUUCAGGAAGUGCUCAAAUGAAUAACAUACCAACUCCAGCUGCAAACCAAUUUCAGAGAACAAAUUCUACCCAACAGUCUCCACAGAUGACAAAUCAAGCCAUGAUCAACACACCAAAUAGAGGUGUUCCUCAAUCCCAACAGCAACAACCACAACGACCAGUUCAGGGUGUUACUCCUGGUGCUCCAAGAGGUCCGGUAGCUGCUGCUAAACCUAAUCAGCCAUUUGCACAAGGUACACUGGCAAGCCCAGCCGCUGGUACUCCAGGAUCAUUGGUUGGUAUUCCUGACACUACAGGGGCUAAACCACAACCCGGAAGGUCUGUCUCACCUUCUGGACCUGCAGCAGCAACCUCUUCAGCUGGUACUCCACAUAAAGCAUCAACCCCUGGGGGAAGCAGCGGAUCGAACGCAUCAUCCGGACCUCCACCAAUCAACCUCUCUGGUAUUACCAAACCGAGUGUACCCUCAAUUCCUAUCUCUAGUACAAUCAAUGUUAAACCUCCAACGGCAGUCACUUUAAAGCCCAACUCAAACAACAACCGAGCAACCUUGAUGGGAGGAACUGCCAAUGGUGUUGGUAGUAUUUUAGGUACUCCAGCACUAGUUAAAAUGCCAACUUAUGAACUUGCUGCUGGUGUGGGAGGAGAAACAAUCCCCGACAAUGGGGGAAGAGUAUUAACUAAACGUAAGUUGAACGAGUUGGUUAAUACCAUCGGUGCAGAUGAAGGGGAUGGUAAGACUAAUAUUGAUGGUGAUGUUGAAGAAAUACUAUUAGACUUGGCUGAUGAAUUCAUUAAUUCGGUUACAGGGUUUGCCUGUAGGUUAGCCAAGCACCGUAAGGUUGAAUCAGUUGAUGUUAGGGACGUGCAGUUACAUUUAGAAAGAAAUUGGAACAUCAGAAUUCCAGGUUAUGCUAUGGACGAAAUUAAGACUACUAGAAGAUGGCAGCCAUCUUCGAGCUACUCCCAAAAGUUGUCAGGUGUUGAUAUUUCUAAGAGUGUCAACGGAAAUAUAAAAUAG